GCCCGGGCGUCCAAUGGGACGGGCUUGGAAGAGACCCGGGCGGCCUCUGGAGCUUCAAAAACGUGUGAGGAGGGAAGAGAGUGCAGACGGAGCGUCAGCCGCUGCUGCUGCUUCCCUGGUCCUGUUUCACCGUUACCGCUGCCCCAGCCGGAACCCAGGUCACCAUGUCCUCAGCUCAUUUCAACCGAGGCCCCGCCUACGGGCUGUCUGCUGAGGUCAAGAACAAGCUGGCCCAGAAGUACGACCACCAUCGGGAGCAGGAGCUGAGAGAGUGGAUUGAGGGGGUGACGGGGCGCCGCAUUGGUAACAACUUCAUGGACGGCCUCAAAGAUGGCAUCAUCCUGUGCGAAUUCAUCAAUAAAUUGCAGCCGGGCUCUGUGAAGAAGGUAAACGAGUCGACCCAAAAUUGGCACCAGCUGGAGAACAUUGGCAACUUCAUCAAGGCCAUUACCAAGUAUGGGGUGAAGCCCCAUGACAUCUUUGAGGCCAAUGACCUGUUUGAGAACACCAACCACACCCAAGUGCAGUCCACUCUCCUGGCCCUGGCCAGCAUGGCCAAGACGAAAGGAAACAAGGUGAAUGUGGGAGUGAAGUAUGCAGAGAAGCAAGAACGGAAAUUUGAGCCUGAGAAGCUAAGAGAAGGGCGUAACAUCAUUGGACUACAGAUGGGCACCAACAAGUUUGCCAGCCAGCAGGGCAUGACUGCCUAUGGCACUCGGCGCCACCUUUAUGACCCCAAGCUGGGCACGGACCAGCCCCUAGACCAGGCUACCAUCAGCCUACAGAUGGGUACCAAUAAGGGCGCCAGCCAGGCUGGCAUGACUGCACCUGGGACCAAGCGGCAGAUCUUCGAGCCAGGGCUGGGCAUGGAGCACUGUGACACACUCAAUGUCAGCCUGCAGAUGGGUAGCAACAAGGGGGCCUCCCAGCGGGGCAUGACGGUGUAUGGGCUGCCACGCCAGGUCUACGACCCCAAGUACUGCCUGACGCCGGAGUACCCAGAACUAGGCGAGCCCACCCACAACCACCAUCCGCACAACUAUUACAACUCCGCCUAGUGGUCCCCCAGAAAGGCUGGCUGCUGCUCUCGGCUGGACCCAGCCAGGUCCAGCUGACCCCCUCCCCCUGCAUGGCGUCCUCCAGCCCCCUGCCUACAGGGUUACAGUUUGGGGAGUGCAGACUGGGGGGUCUGGAGGGGGAAGGAGGCCCGCCUCCCUGUAGUGCUGAAGUACCCAACAUACAGCUGGGUGACCCCCUCAACACCCAGAAGAUGCACUGAGCAAAUCUAUUCCAGCUGCCCCCCACUCCCUCACAAGUGGGUGCCCCCCAGGAUCAGAAGUUGCCCCCCCAAGCGAAGCCCCCAGAGCUCAGGCUCGGCCCGCCCCCGCCCCAUCCCCACAGUGGGAGCAAACUGCAUGCCCAGAGACGCAGCGGACACACGCGAUUUGGUUUGCAGCGACUGGUGACUGGCGGCCGUGGAUGUGACGGCAGCAUUUGUAACAAGAGCACUUUCUUUUUUCUAUUUCACUGGAGCACAAUAAAUGGCUGUAAAAUC